AUGACGACCCCGAUUCCUAAGCCACCCGGAUUGCCAUUGCUCGGCAACAUUUUUGACGUCAAACCCAGCAAUACGUGGGACUCAUUAAGGAAGCUCUCCGACAAGUACGGCGAGAUCUUUCAGAUCAAAGUCCUUGGCCAGACCAUCGUCUUUGUUGCCAGUGUGGCUCUAGCCGAGGAGCUUUGCGACGAGAAGCGAUUCCGCAAGUACGUCGGUGGACCAAUUGUCGAGAUCCGAGCGGCAGUUCACGAUGCGCUCUUCGUGGCAUAUGACGAUGAGCCUAGCUGGGGCAUCGCUCACCGAAUUAUCUUUCCUACGCUGAGACCCGACGCCGUGGGGGCUCAUUUUGGAGAGAUGAGAGAUCUAGCCACGGAGCUCUUGAAUAAUUGGAGAGGCCUUGGAGAGCAGAACAAGAUCUCUCCUGUAGAGCAGCUCAACAGGCUGAAUCUCGAGUCCAAUACCUACAUCUUCUAUGGCAAGCGGCUCAAUGGACUCACGGGUCCUCCACACCCGAUGCUCCAGGCAAUGGAGGACUCUACCUCUGAAGCCAUGAAGCGCCCUACACGGCCAGGCCUGUUCAACUGGCUACUGUAUGGCCGCAAGUUCAAGUCGUCAAUCAAAACAAUGCGAGACUAUGCCGCAGACGUGGUCAAAUAUCGCCAGGAGAACCCGACAGACCGGCAAGAUACGCUGGCUGCCAUAAUGAACACGCCAGAUCCCGAAACGGGCAAAACCCUGACUGACUCGCAAGUCAUUGAUGAGAUUGUUUCGAUGCCCAUCGGCAGCAGUACAGCGCCCUGCUUGCUCGCAUACGCAAUCUACAUUCUUCAGAAGAACCCAGAAGCCAUUGUCAAGGCUCGUGAAGAGCUGGACCGGGUCAUUGGCAACGGAGAGUUUGAGCUUGAGCAUCUUGAGCAGCUAGUGUACGUGCAAGGAAUCAUGCGCGAGUCACUCCGUCUGUCCUUGGCUGCACCAGGCUUCAACAUUGAGCCACGGCCAACCGAGGGGGACAAGAGCCCCGUGCUGCUCGCUGGAGGCAAAUACGAGGUCGCACACAACCAAGCCAUGAUCAUCGUCCUACACGGUGUGAACCGAGAUCCAGCCGUGUUUGAGGAUCCCUUGGCGUUCAAGCCUGAACGCAUGAUGGGCGAGGCCUUUGACAAUUUGCCCGCCGGAGCCAAGAAGUGGUUCGGCAAUGGCAAGAGAGUGUGCAUUGGCAGAUACUACGCUUUGCAGUGGACCUUGGUUCUUUUGGCCAAGAUGAUUAAGGAGUUUGAUUUCGAGUUGGUGGAUCCAGAGUAUAAGCUGGAGAUGGACGGAUGGUUUAAUAUUCGGCCCAUUGACUUUUACGUCAAGGUGAAGCCGAGGGCUCUCUGA